UUUGAAUGUUCAGACUGUAACGCGGCUUGGAUGCGUGUCCGGGUGGAACGACACGGCUAGCGGUGACCAAGGGGGAAAACAAGCCCCCCAAAAAGAAAGGAAACGGGAUUGGGGACUUUUAAUUUGUUGUUUUUAAAGCUUGGAUUUUUUUGUUUUUGAAAAGCCAGGUGGUCGUUUUAAUCAAAAGAAGCAAAAUGGGACGAGGAGAAGGUCGAGAGCAAUAUGAGCUGGCAGCCACCUCGGAGCAGGGGGGCAAGAAGUCAAAGCUCAAGGGCAAGAAAGAGAAGGAUAAAGAUAUGGAUGAACUCAAAAAAGAGGUGGACUUGGAUGAUCACAAACUGUCCCUGGAUGACCUCACCCGGAAAUACAGCACUGAUUUAAAUAGGGGAUUGACAAACGAUCGUGCUAAGGAGAUCUUGGCACGUGAUGGACUCAAUGCUUUGACUCCACCUCCAACAACCCCAGAAUGGGUCAAGUUCUGCAAGCAGCUCUUUGGAGGAUUCUCAACUCUCCUGUGGAUUGGAGCCAUUCUAUGUUUUCUUGCCUACGGCAUCCAGGCAGUCUACGAGGAGGAACCUGCCAAUGAUAACUUGUAUCUGGGUAUUGUACUCUCUGCUGUCGUGAUGAUCACUGGAUGUUUCUCGUACUAUCAAGAGGCCAAGAGCUCCAAGAUCAUGGACUCUUUCAAGAACCUUGUCCCUCAGCAAGCCUUGGUUAUCCGUGAUGGUGAGAAGAAGAAUAUCAAUGCUGAAGAAGUUGUGGUUGGAGAUCUUGUGGAAGUCAAAGGUGGUGACAGAAUUCCCGCUGAUCUGCGUAUCAUUUCUGCUCAUGGAUGCAAGGUGGACAACUCCUCCCUCACUGGAGAAUCUGAGCCCCAGACUCGCAGUCCUGAUUUCUCCAAUGAAAACCCACUGGAAACCAGGAACAUUGCAUUCUUCUCUACCAACUGUGUUGAAGGCACUGCCAGAGGUAUCGUCAUCAACACUGGUGACCGUACUGUCAUGGGUCGUAUCGCCACUCUUGCUUCUGGUCUUGAAGUUGGUCGAACUCCCAUCUCUAUUGAGAUUGAGCACUUUAUCCACAUCAUCACUGGUGUGGCUGUCUUCCUGGGUGUGUCUUUCUUCAUUCUCUCCCUGAUCCUUGGUUACUCUUGGUUGGAAGCUGUCAUCUUCCUUAUUGGUAUCAUUGUCGCUAAUGUGCCAGAGGGUCUCCUGGCUACUGUUACUGUGUGUUUGACUCUGACUGCCAAACGUAUGGCAAAGAAAAACUGCCUGGUGAAGAAUCUUGAAGCUGUGGAGACUCUUGGCUCAACCUCCACAAUCUGCUCUGACAAGACCGGAACUUUGACCCAGAACCGAAUGACCGUUGCUCACAUGUGGUUUGACAACCAGAUUCAUGAAGCAGACACCACAGAGAAUCAGAGUGGAACCUCAUUCGACAGGAGCUCUGCUACUUGGGCCGCCCUCGCACGUGUUGCCGGUCUCUGCAACCGUGCCGUCUUCCUUGCAGAGCAAGAAAACUUCCCAAUUCUUAAGAGAGACGUGGCUGGUGACGCCUCCGAAUCUGCCCUGCUGAAGUGUAUAGAGCUCUGCUGUGGGUCGGUUAAAGAGAUGAGAGAAAAAUACACCAAGAUCUCAGAGAUCCCAUUCAACUCCACUAACAAAUACCAGCUCUCCAUCCAUAAGAACCCCAAUAGCAAUAAAACUGAAACCACACACCUGCUAGUAAUGAAAGGUGCUCCUGAGAGGAUCCUGGACAGGUGCAGCUCUAUUUUAAUCCAAGGAAAAGAGCAGCCGCUUGAUGAUGAGAUGAAGGACGCCUUCCAAAAUGCCUACUUGGAACUUGGUGGCCUUGGAGAAAGAGUGCUGGGCUUCUGCCACUUCAACCUUCCUGAUGAACAGUUUCCUGAGGACUUUCAGUUCGAUACAGAAGAGGUGAACUUCCCCACAGAGAACUUGUGCUUCAUUGGCCUUAUGUCCAUGAUUGAUCCUCCUCGUGCUGCUGUACCAGAUGCUGUGGGCAAAUGUAGGAGCGCUGGAAUCAAGGUUAUUAUGGUUACUGGUGAUCAUCCAAUUACAGCCAAGGCCAUUGCCAAGGGAGUGGGUAUCAUCUCUGAAGGCAACGAGACGGUUGAAGAUAUUGCUGCUCGCUUGAACAUUCCUAUUAAUGAGGUCAACCCAAGGGAUGCCAAGGCUUGUGUGAUCCAUGGUGGUGACCUGAAGGAUCUAACCCCAGAGCAAUUAGAUGAUGUCUUGAAACACCACACAGAAAUUGUGUUUGCCAGAACGUCUCCUCAGCAGAAGCUGAUUAUCGUUGAAGGCUGCCAAAGACAGGGUGCCAUUGUAGCUGUAACCGGUGAUGGUGUCAAUGAUUCUCCUGCUCUGAAGAAGGCUGACAUUGGUGUGGCUAUGGGUAUUGCUGGAUCUGAUGUAUCCAAACAGGCUGCUGACAUGAUCCUUCUGGAUGACAACUUUGCCUCAAUUGUCACUGGAGUAGAAGAAGGCCGUCUGAUUUUUGACAACUUGAAGAAGUCCAUUGCCUACACCCUGACCAGUAACAUCCCUGAGAUCACCCCCUUCCUCCUCUUCAUCAUUGCCAACAUCCCUCUUCCUUUGGGUACCGUCACCAUUCUUUGCAUUGACCUGGGUACUGACAUGGUUCCUGCCAUUUCAUUGGCCUAUGAAGCUGCAGAGAGUGACAUCAUGAAGCGUCAACCCAGAAACCCCAAAACAGACAAACUUGUGAACGAGAGACUCAUUAGCAUAGCCUACGGUCAGAUCGGUAUGAUUCAAGCUCUGGCCGGGUUCUUCACGUAUUUUGUCAUCUUGGCUGAAAAUGGUUUCCUGCCUUCGUCAUUGCUGGGCAUUCGAGUGUUUUGGGAUGACAGAUAUGUCAACGACCUGGAAGACAGUUAUGGCCAGCAAUGGACAUAUGAGCAGAGGAAGAUUGUGGAGUUCACAUGCCACACAGCCUUCUUCGCCAGUAUUGUAAUUGUGCAGUGGGCCGAUCUGAUCAUCUGCAAGACCAGAAGAAACUCUGUCUUCCAGCAGGGAAUGAAGAAUAAGAUUCUCAUCUUUGGACUGUUUGAAGAAACAGCUCUUGCAGCUUUCCUGUCUUACUGCCCAGGCAUGGAUGUUGCCCUCAGAAUGUACCCACUGAAACCAAGCUGGUGGUUCUGCGCCUUCCCCUACUCACUCCUCAUCUUUAUUUAUGAUGAAAUCCGAAAACUUAUCAUCCGACGCAGCCCAGGAGGUUGGGUGGAGAGGGAGACCUACUAUUAAAGCAUCCAGUCUGCAUCACACAAGUUUAUUUGCAUGGUUGUCUCGCUGCUCUGAAUUUCAACCUCAGUAAUUUGGAUGUUUUUAUAUAGGGAAUGCUUGAUACAAACACUGAGAUCAUGAAUCAAGACAUUGUGUGCCUUGUUUCUGAAGCCGGACCAAUUUUAUACAUGUUUUUAAAAGUGUAAUAUAAAAAUAAACUUGCAGUCAGGUCCCA